CAACCAGGACACUGGCAAGACAAAUCGUAGGAAAAAAAAAGAACAAGAAUACAUCUAAUCCCGAAUCCUGGCUUCAAAGAUAGGAGAACUCAAUUUGCCAUGUGUUUCUCACUGAAAAUACGAAUCUGGACUUACCCGUCUCUCUAAUUCAACUUUUGAGGAAAUUCUUGUGGAGGUCGCUUUCUAGCUUCUACGAACAAGACCUACCAUCGCAGAAGUCUCUCUUUUUCUCGCUCAAAGACGGGAAUUUAAUGAAUUUAAUGUGUUUCAUCCUGUAAAACGGUUUGGGUGCGCGUCAGAAUUCUAUAUCUUUGAUUCCUUGGCUUCAGAAGUUGCCAAGAAAAUAUGGUUGCUGCAGCGAAUUCCCCCUUUCCCCCUUUGGCCAGUUUCCGGUGCUCCUUUCAAUCUGCUAGAUUUUUGGUUCCCAGCAGAAAGAGAUUGGGUUCGUAUUUCGGGGAGAGGAAGAUUAUUUGUGCUUGUUCGGCCCCUCCGAGGAGCUGUAGCGGUGGCGUAUCUGCAAUCAAGUUCAAUGGAUCGUCUAAAAAAGAUAAUAUGCGUGCGGUUAGAGAGGUUGAGGAUGAGUCGGAUGUCCUUAUUGAGUGUAGAGAUGUUUACAAGUCAUUUGGGGACAAGCACAUCUUGAGAGGUCUGAGCUUCAAGAUUAGACAUGGAGAAGCUGUUGGAAUAAUUGGGCCUUCUGGCACUGGGAAAUCUACGGUUCUAAAGAUUAUAGCAGGACUGCUUGCUCCUGACAAGGGGGAGGUUUUCAUUCGGGGAAGGAAGAGGCAUGGUCUGAUUAGUGACGAGGAGAUAACAGGCCUUAGGAUUGGUUUGGUAUUUCAGAGUGCUGCACUUUUUGAUUCUUUAACAGUUCGUGAAAAUGUUGGUUUCCUUUUGUAUGAAAAUUCCUUAAUGUCCAAGGAGCAAAUAGCAGAGCUUGUGACUGAAAAUUUGGCUGCUGUUGGGUUGAAGGGAGUUGAGGAUCGAUUGCCUUCGGAGCUGUCUGGUGGAAUGAAGAAACGAGUGGCAUUGGCUCGGUCGAUAAUUUAUGACAACACAAAGGAGACAAUAGAACCAGAGGUGCUCUUGUAUGACGAACCUACUGCUGGACUUGAUCCCAUUGCAUCUACUGUGGUUGAAGAUCUGAUCCGCUCUGUCCAUUUGAAGGGUGAAGAUGCUAUGGGGAAACCAGGGAAAAUUGCAUCUUAUGUGGUUGUCACUCACCAACAUAGUACCAUAAGAAGAGCUGUGGACAGGUUAUUGUUCCUCUAUGAGGGGAGAGUCGUCUGGGAAGGAAUGACUGAUGAGUUCACCACAUCAACAAAUCCGAUAGUGAGACAGUUUGCCUCUGGAAGCUUAGAUGGACCAAUCAACUAUCUAUGAUGAGUACUCUACAUACGAUUGAAACACUUGGUCAUGGCUUCUUGAAUGUGGAUAGCAUCUCUGCGUUCAACUUGAGAAAUCAUCUGAUCUUGGUGGAUCUACCAAACUUGGAAGUUUGUGAAAAGUCGUUCAGGAUGGAUCUGCCAUCUGAUAUUCACAAUCUGAUUCCUAUAUUUAUUCUUUUUCCUUUUCUGUCUUUGGAUUCUUCUUGUUGGUACUCUUAUUUAAUCUGCACAAGCUUACACUUCUUGGGGAUUUAUUUUGUGUUCCCCACUGGAGAAAAAUGGAACGCAUGAAUAAGCUAUUGUGCAUUGGAAAUGUAUGACUACCCUAAUGUUUUUUUUU